UGAUCUGUCAUGUGCGUCACACACAGACAUCGCUGCUGAUCAGGAAACUAAACGCUUUCAUUUUGCUCUGUCUCUAUUCUUUCUCGAUCUCGCGUAAACAACCACUUACAGAAACUUUUCAGUAUGGUUAAAGUUUCUUUUAACAAGGCUCUCGCCUUCAAGGAUCCAAAGAAGGAAAGUCUCAUUCUUGAUGUACAGGAUUCUGAGGCAGCGGUGUUGGUGCGUCCGCAGUCUAAGGUGUGGUGCUGGUGCUUCUGUCUGGGAUUGGCUCUCGUUCUCUCUGGUGUAGUGGUGGGAGGAGCCUUCCUGUAUAGAUACUAUAUGCUUGAGGUUCAGGGGAUCAUGGAUGGCAGAGCGGAUGAGAGGAAGGAUGCACACACCUCUUUGCAAAUGGAGGAUCAGGUGUUUGUCUGUGGGUUGAAGUACUUUGAGGAAGACUAUGAGUUUGCUGAGGAGGUGGAGGUGGAGUUUGAGGCGCCGCUGAUGCUGCUUGAAGAGAAUGUGAGCUUUUUCGAAGACGAUGAGGUGGAGCUCAUCAAAGUACCAGUCCCUGAGUUCAGAGACGGCGAUUCAGCUGGCAUCCUGCAUGACUUCACCAUGGUACAAAAAUGCACACACACACACACACACACACACUCACAUGCACAGUGUUUAGCCAUAACCACCAUUGACAUAUUAUCAGUCAACUGACAUAUUAUCAGCCAC